UUGAGUAAACUAAUGUUUGAUUUAACUUACAUACGCGUGAAUGAUAGAGCGAAGAAAGGUUAAAUUAUUUUGGUAGAAAUAAAUGUAAUGAUAAAUUAUGGAAGCUUGUAAAGAAUUGAAAGAAAAAUACGAUCGCUGCUUUAAUGAUUGGUUUUCUGAAAAAUUUUUACGUGGAAUUUACGACGAUGCAGAAUGUGCACCAUUACUUAAAGUUUAUACGAAGUGUGUAGAAGAAGCCAUGAAAGCUCAAAAUAUAAAUGUGGAUGAAGUGAAUGUAGCUCAUUUUGGAACAGAACAGGAAAAGAAAACUGAAACUUGA